AUGGAGAAGCCAGCAGUGAAACCAGCUCCAGUUCCCUACCAAGUCAAGGAAUACGAGAGCCAGAGUCCAAGUCAUCCCCCAAAGGGUCACUCCGGAGUUCCCAUAAAGGAUCACGUAGGGCAGAAGCCUUUGGUGAUCUCCAGUGUGCCUGUGUAUCAUGAGGAGGUGAAACCCAUUCCCGCGAAAUUCCCGGAACACGAGAUGGAGAAGCCAGCAGUGAAACCAGCUCCAGUUCCCUACCAAGUCAAGGAAUACGAGAGCCAGAGUCCAAGUCAUCCCCCAAAGGGUCACUCCGGAGUUCCCAUAAAGGAUCACGUAGGGCAGAAGCCUUUGGUGAUCUCCAGUGUGCCUGUCUAUCAUGAGGAGGUGAAACCCAUUCCUGCGAAAUUCCCGGAACACGAGAUGGAGAAGCCAGCAGUGAAACCAGCCCCAGUUCCCUACCAAGUCAAGGAAUACGAGAGCCAGAGUCCCAGCCAUCCCACAAAGGGUCACUCCGGAGUUCCCAUAAAGGAUCACGUAGGGCAGAAGCCUUUGGUGAUCUCCAGUGUGCCUGUGUAUCAUGAGGAGGUGAAACCCAUUCCCGCGAAAUUCCCGGAACACGAGAUGGAGAAGCCAGCAGUGAAACCAGCUCCAGUUCCCUACCAAGUCAAGGAAUACGAGAGCCAGAGUCACAGCCACCCUCCCAUGGGUCACUCCGGAGUUCCCAUAAAGGAUCACGUAGGGCAGAAGCCUUUGGUGAUCUCCAGUGUGACUGUCUAUCAUGAGGAGGUGAAACCCAUUCCCGCGAAAUUCCCGGAACACGAGAUGGAGAAGCCAGCAGUGAAACCAGCUCCAGUUCCCUACCAAGUCAAGGAAUACGAGAGCCAGAGUCCCAGCCAUCCCCCAAAGGGUCACUCCGGAGUUCCCAUAAAGGAUCACGUCGAACAUAAGCCUAUGGUGGUUUCCAGUGUGCCUGUCUAUCAUGAGGAGGUGAAACCCAUUCCCGCGAAAUUCUCGGAACACGAGAUGGAGAAGCCAGCAGUGAAACCAGCUCCAGUUCCCUACCAAGUCAAGGAAUACGAGAGCCAGAGUCCAAGUCAUCCCCCAAAGGGUCACUCCGGAGUUCCCAUAAAGGAUCACGUAGGGCAGAAGCCUUUGGUGAUCUCCAGUGUGCCUGUCUAUCAUGAGGAGGUGAAACCCAUUCCCGCGAAAUUCCCGGAACACGAGAUGGAGAAGCCAGCAGUGAAACCAGCUCCAGUUCCCUACCAAGUCAAGGAAUACGAGAGCCAGAGUCCAAGUCAUCCCCCAAAGGGUCACUCCGGAGUUCCCAUAAAGGAUCACGUAGGGCAGAAGCCUUUGGUGAUCUCCAGUGUGCCUGUCUAUCAUGAGGAGGUGAAACCCAUUCCCGCGAAAUUCCCGGAACACGAGAUGGAGAAGCCAGCAGUGAAACCAGCUCCAGUUCCCUACCAAGUCAAGGAAUACGAGAGCCAGAGUCCCAGCCAUCCCCCAAAGGGUCACUCCGGAGUUCCCAUAAAGGAUCACGUAGGGCAGAAGCCUUUGGUGAUCUCCAGUGUGCCUGUGUAUCAUGAGGAGGUGAAACCCAUUCCUGCGAAAUUCCCGGAACACGAGAUGGAGAAGCCAGCAGUGAAACCAGCCCCUGUUCCCUACCAAGUCAAGGAAUACGAGAGCCAGAGUCCCAGCCAUCCCACAAAGGGUCACUCCGGAGUUCCCAUAAAGGAUCACGUCGAACAUAAGCCUAUGGUGGUUUCCAGUGUGCCUGUCUAUCAUGAGGAGGUGAAACCCAUUCCCGCGAAAUUCUCGGAACACGAGAUGUUGAAACCAUCUGCAAUGCUUCCGCCAGUUCAUAGUUGGCAUGACAAACCUACUUCUUAUGUUAAACCUGAGAAUAUCCCGAUUUUGCCGCACUCUGAGGAUGGGUAUUCUCAUCUGGAAUAUAAACCCGCUAUCAAGAAUGACGAUAUUGAUUACCGUGUUUAUAAGAAAUAUCCUGGUUUUAUUCCUGAGGAAUCAGAGUUCGAUAAGAAGAAGCGAAUCAAGGAAACAGUCCAGGAAUAUAUCAAGAAAAACUACAAUGUUUUCGAAGAUCCAGAGUACGAAGAGGAAGUGGAAAUGGUUGAAGGAAGACCACGCUACUAAUAAUCUUUUCCUGGAUGAUGACUGUAUUUUCAUUCAUGUAAUCAACAGAGGAUGUUAAUUUUGGUGACCUUGUACAUAAUUUGUUAAGAAGUCAUUUGUGUAUUGAGUUGAAUGUUGUGUUUGGCAAAUAAAACCUACUUUUGGAAUUUUAAAACUUCUCCA